AUGUCGGGGUUGACCAAGUGCCCGCGAAUCAAUCGUUUCUUGGGCAGCCACUUUCUGAAAGGAUUCUCAACUGCUCUAGUACCGAUGAAGAGGCUCAGCGACGCGAUCCUUUGGCAUCUCUACUACUCUCCAGAUGGGAGUAGACUUCCGUACCCGGAUCUGGAUGCAAUGGACCUGGACCACGUUGAUACUAGCCUAAAGGAUCUAACAACAACACGACACAUUGUCGGUUGGUGCUCAGAGGCGAAGUUCUAUGCUGGGGCUGCGGGGAUGAAUUACGCCAUCAAGCCUUCACAACUUCAACGGCCUGGGCGGGACUUUGCUUUGGAGAAAGUGAGCUUCUCCGUGGGCGAGCUCGUGACCGGCGGGUGUACUUUUGGGAUAGGUCGCAAAGACAUCCAUGUGCGAAUCACUCGCGGCUCUUACAAGGCGAAGCUGGAAUGGAUUGACCAGAAAUACGUCACCCUCUGGGACGUCAUCGAACAUCGCGGUUGGCUGGUGAGCGGGAGCGCAGCCCUCCUACACCUACUGCGAACGUCCCUCGAAUCCUCCAGAGUGGACAAAUUUAGAUCCGAGUUCCUGUUUGAGCAGGACAAGUUCGAGGAAUCGCCGAAUCCCGCCACGCUUGGUUCGGCCGUGGAUGUCCUUUUAAACCCCGUAAACCAGAAGCUCAAGCUCUACCCCAAGGACGAGUACACAUACACUGAAACGAGGAUUCUGCCGAACGGUCAGCGAGAGGCGAUCACGAAGACCGUCACGUCUCAGACGACACUGAAGGAUCGAGUGGAAGAGCUUUACGAGACCCUGGAGAAACUAAUUGAUCACAACGCUCGGGCAGAAGCCUCGUACAAGGGCGUCAACGCGAAACUUCGCCUGCACGACCAGCUUGAUGGAUGGGAUUUCGCCGACAUUGCCACGGAUAGGGACCCUUUCUAUCUCAGGAAGGCAACUCUGCCUCUCCAUAAGCUGAGCUGGGCCGACUUCACGAAGGCGAUCCCGGCCAUCAACCUGUUUGGAAAGGGCUUUGGAGACAUAAUUCGCGCGUCACCGAUGGGGCACGACAAUCCGGCCGCUAUCUGUCGGGGGUGGGAAACAGUUCCGACGAAGAGCCAUCUCCUUUGCAUCAGCGUCAGCGAUCUUCGAGACAUUAUUGAUCGG